GUUUUACGACAGCUGCUCCCACCGUACGACUCAGCGUGUGUGUUCGUGUUGUGUUGAUAUUGUUCGUGUUGUUGGUCCUCAUUACGCUAUUUCACACACAUUGCGCCUCCUUAAACCAGACGACCUCAUCGGACUACGACAUGGGGAAGCCGAAGAAGAAGACUGACCUGAGCCGCGCUGAGCUGAUGAUGAUGACGGUGGCUGAUGUCAUCCAGCAGCUGGUUGAGGCCCACGAGGAGGGGCGGGACAUCAACCUCAACAAGGUGAAGACGAAGACGUCGGCUAGGUACGGCCUGUCCUCCCAGCCCCGGCUGGUGGACAUCAUCGCCGCCGUGCCGCCGCAGUACCGCCGCGCCCUGGUGCCCAAACUGAAGGCCAAGCCCAUCCGCACGGCCAGCGGGAUCGCGGUGGUGGCUGUGAUGUGUAAGCCUCAUCGCUGUCCUCACAUCAGCUUCACCGGGAACAUCUGUGUUUACUGCCCCGGGGGUCCGGACUCUGACUUUGAGUAUUCAACCCAGUCCUACACGGGAUAUGAGCCUACCUCCAUGAGGGCGAUCCGGGCGCGCUAUGACCCGUUCCUUCAGACCCGACACCGCGUCGAGCAGCUGAAGCAGCUGGGCCACAGCGUGGACAAGGUGGAGUUCAUCGUGAUGGGCGGGACCUUCAUGGCGCUGGGGGAGGAGUACAGAGACUACUUCAUCAGGAACCUCCACGACGCCCUCUCAGGACACACCUCCAACAGCGUGGCAGAGGCAGUCAGGUACUCUGAGGUGAGCAACACUAAGUGCGUGGGCAUCACCAUCGAGACGCGUCCCGACUACUGUCUGAAGCGCCACCUCAGCGACAUGCUGAGCUACGGCUGCACCCGGCUGGAGGUUGGGGUCCAGAGCGUGUACGAGGACGUGGCCCGCGACACCAACAGGGGCCACACUGUGCGGGCGGUGUGUGAGUCGUUCCACCAGGCGAAGGACGCGGGCUUCAAGGUGGUCUCCCACAUGAUGCCCGACCUGCCCAACGUGGGCAUGGAGCGCGACGUGGAGCAGUUCAUCGAGUUCUUUGAGAACCCGGCGUUCCGCCCCGACGGGCUGAAGCUCUACCCCACGCUGGUGAUCCGCGGGACAGGUCUGUACGAGCUCUGGAAGACGGGCCGCUACAAGUCGUACUCCCCCAGCGCGCUGGUGGACCUGGUGGCCCGCGUGCUGGCCCUGGUGCCCCCCUGGACCCGCGUGUACCGCGUGCAGAGGGACAUCCCCAUGCCCCUGGUGAGCUCAGGGGUGGAGCACGGGAACCUGAGGGAGCUGGCCCUGCAGAGGAUGCAGGACAUGGGGACCGAGUGUCGGGACGUCCGGACCAGAGAGGUGGGCAUCCAGGAGAUCCACCACAAAGUCCGACCCUACCAGGUGGAGCUGGUGCGGCGGGACUACGUGGCUAACAGCGGCUGGGAGACCUUCCUGUCCUACGAGGACCCUGAACAGGACAUCCUGAUUGGUCUGCUGCGCCUGCGCCGCUGCUCUGACCAAUCAUUUCGCCCGGAGCUGAAGGGGGGCGUGUCCAUCGUGCGCGAGCUUCACGUGUACGGAAGUGUGGUUCCUGUCAGCAGCCGAGACCCCAGCAAGUUCCAGCACCAGGGCUUUGGGACGAUGCUGAUGGAGGAGGCGGAACGAAUCGCAUCAGAGGAGCACGGAUCCUGCAAACUGGCUGUUAUCUCUGGGGUGGGCACCAGGAACUACUACAGGAAGCUGGGCUACGAGCUGGAGGGGCCGUACAUGGUGAAGGAUCUGCUGGCCCCCCUACUCUGACACGGACCCCCCCUAGAGACCGGACCCCCCCCCCCCCCCCCCCAGCCAGCGUUCAGAACCAAGAUGGCCACUGUGUGAAGAGGGCCAAUGGAAAUGUUGCUCAGUUCCUGGAGGCGUCUUCCUGUCUCCACGACUCUUAUUAAUGGAUUCAAACUGACAGCCCGUAGCAGUAGCAGCUAAUGCUAUCCUGCUAGCCGUAUCGAUUGAAGCUAGCCAUCAGGGUUAGCGCUCUGCUUAGCACACGCUAUCAGAACGUUUACCGGUUGUAACCCUGAGGGUAAGCUAGCUGUCGCGGGUAAUGCUAUCCGGCUAGCCGCAUCGGUUGAGGCCAGAUAACUAUACAAACGGAAGGUGAGCGCUCUGCUAGCUGUAGCCUGUUAGCCGUACCCGCUACGCCUGCUAGUGGCUAUCAGUUUAAAAUAAAGAUAUUUUAUACUUUUUUUAGGAUCAGACAUUUUUGGUCUGCGCCAUUUCCCCUGAGCAAGGCGGUCCGUCUGCGAGGCGUCGAACCGUCGGCACGCAGGUGGAACCCGUCGGCAUGGUGACGAGAAACCCCCAUCAGUGUCGGAAUGCCCCACUUUUAUUAUUCAAAGUAAUCUGGUUCUGCCAGCGGAACCAGACCUUUUGUCUCGGGGAACAUUGGGCUUCACGCCUCCUGGCUAAUCACGUCGCAGAUUACCAGCGUCUCCAGACGCCGGCCGUUGAUUGGUCGAGACCGGGCGGUACCCUCGCAGCACGCGCUGUGUUUUAUGAAGCAGGAAAUAGACUUGAUGUGAUGCAUAAAUAGGUCUUUAAGAAGCUGCACCUAAUCCUGUUCGUGCCUGUACCGUCUCAGCCCGCCAUCCCUCUCCUGAAUAAAGACUCGCUGUCUUCAGCC